AUAGUGUUAACAUAAUUUUUAACUCACCCUGUAAUGAAUUUACAUUUAAACAGACUAAAUUCUUGUACCCAACUCCACCUGAUGGAAGCAAGUUACCCUGUGCUGACCCUUCAGGAUGUCAUUUGGUUGUGGCUACAACUCAAGAUCCUUCUGGAAACUGUUCUGACCUGACGACUUCCAGGAAAGACGUGUAUCUUUUCAACACCACAGUGACGUCAUUUGGAGCGUGUCAGACAGAAGUGCUCAUCAUUCCAAAUGAUACUACUCCUACAUGCUUUCAAGCAGGGCUUGGGGACAAGCGAUGUUUUAGUGUACCUCUCGUACCAGUCACAGGUCAGCAGAUAUGUCAGUCUUCUCAGUGUGGCACACAACAAGGUGGGGGAGCCUGUCUCCCCACAUGGACUCCCUCAAACUCCUUUGAUUGUGUGUGUGCCCCUGGAUUUCUGCCUCCGGACUGUCUUAAAGAUCCUUGCUUUGCCCAGCCAUGUUCCAAUGGAGGAAUCUGCCAACCCACUUCCAACACAUCACACCAGUGUUUCUGUCCUCUUGGCUUUUCAGAUCAGAACUGUUCUGUUCUGGACCCAGACCCUCAGCUUACUAAGCAUGAGUUUUCACCACUAUUGUUUCCACCAAGUGGGUCCACUAUCCUGUGUGAAGUUCAUAAGCUUUGUGAUUUUCCAGUCUACUCAAAUGGAAAUAAACCUGGUGCCUUACUUUUUGGCUCAACAAAACCCUUGUUGUCGGGGGCUCUCGUGGUCUAG